UCAAUUGUAGGCGACAUUGGGUGUUAGUUGUAAUAUGUUUGUUUGAAAACAAAGUGUAUUUUCUAAACUCCAUCAAGUCAACUGGAGGUCAUAAGAAUAUGAAGGUGAAGACUUUCGUCAACGAGUCUUGGCGAUUACUUCGGGAACGACAUAUGCCUCAGCUUAAGGCUCGACCGGAUUGGGUUGAUGUUCCAGGAGUACCCCAACAAAAAGGGAAUGUUGAUUGUGGUUAUUAUACAAUGCGAUAUUGUUGGGUCAUCGUCAAUAUCUGUGCGAAAUGUUCAGUACCAUUAUUCGAGGUAUUUCAGUCUACUUUGCCUUAUACUAGAGCCGAGUUAGAGGAAAUUAGAGAGUUUUGGGCCGGGGGUUUUCUCGAUGAACUUGUGUAAGUUAGUAGAGUACAAUGUAGUUUUAGGAUUUAGUUGUAUUGUUAAAACUUUGAAGAGUACGUAGUAGUUUUACUCUUAUAUUGUUUAAGAUAUUCAAGUGGUUUAAUUCAUUUUGUGACAUUUGAUUUGAUUUUUGUGAAAACAUUUGUAUUAGUUACUUCUGUGUUGAUGGGCUGAAUUUUCUGCAUUGUUGUAUUCCAUUAUAUCGUUAACAAACAAAAUUAAUCUUGAAAAUUUAA